AUGUGCUCCGGUACCACAUUCAAAGCGUUGUGCUAUUUUUACGCUGGCUGUAAUUUGUUCAUGUCAAUCAGUGCCAUUAUGAACGCGAACCGUGUUAGUCAAAUUAUCGGAUAUGAUAAUUGUACCGACGGCAACGACACAUCCGAUGAAGAUGACAGCAACACACCGGAUCAAACGUGUAAUCAAUUCACAUACGGUUUUUUGGUGGCCGCUAGUGGGUUGGAUUGUUUCAUGUCCUUCGUGUUGGUGGUGGCAAUUUUUAAGCGAAAAUGCAUUCUCCUGAAGCUGUAUACACUACACCUGUGGUUCCAUAUGUCAUUCUGUUUCUACUGCUGGUUGGCCAUCCUGCUGGCGUUCCGAGGGGCAGUCACCUCUAGCACUCUGCUCUCCGUGUGGGGUGUCGUGUUGAUACUAGCCAGCGUAUAUUUCGCGAUGGAGGUCUGGAUAACGAGAGGAGCCUACGAGGCCAUUCGGCAGGAACAUGCAAAGCAGAUACAGGCAGCUAUGGCGCAAAGCAGCACCGGUUCCAUUCUGCUGAACAUGGGCGGAUUUAUCUUCUAA